AUGUGACGGAGGUAGAUACAUAGAAGUCCAAAGAAUAAUGAAAUCAAGUAUUUAUAUAAUCUCUGUUCUCUAACUCGCAGAGGAAUAUAGCCGCCAAACACUCACCGCCUUCCGGCUACACUUCACUAGCAUAGCAAGAUAUGGGAGAAGUCAUUCUAGGCAUGCCAGGCCCAUGGGCAGAUGAUUUAUACGAAGCGGCUGACCAUUAUACGACAAAAUUUGGUGGACUUCCUGAUUGGCCCAUUCCUAAUAUGGUCAUACCGCACAAUUGGCGUGUGUGCAGAUCAUGUGGAAAUAGUUUAUUGCUUGUUGCUCAGAUUUAUGCUCCAGUAUCUACCAAGACCCUGACAUUUGAAGAACGUCAAAUUUUUGUUUUUGGCUGUAUAUCACCAACAUGCAAAGGAAACCCUGAAAGCUGGAUAGCUAUACGUGUUCAAAGAUGUAGCAGUAAUAGAAUUUCGGAAUCUCAUGAAGAAGAGAAUGUGCUCCUACCUGAUGCUUCUUAUCAAGCUUCAAACACUGACUGGCGGGACGAGUUUUGGUCCUUCGAUGAAGGGAAUGAUGAUGAUGUAGAUCUAGAGGAGUUAGGCCGCUCACUCUCUGAAGCUGCGGGCCUAGCUUCUAAUUCUAAAAGGGAAGGCAUUCCUCAUCAGUCCGAGGCAACUAUAGAUUUCUUGUCUACUAAUCAAACAAUAAAAGUUCCUUCCGAUGAUACUGCAGUGGUUGCAGGUGGCCACAAUGAUCGGGCGAAUGCAAAUCCAGUGGAGCUUGAAAAAGCUACAGUGAUAAAUCCAGUGGGUAUUAAAGGCAAAAAUGCUGCAGCUGGUGAAAACAAUGGCAAUGCUACAGUUCAAGUUUUGCCUUGCUUUUAUGUGUAUAUUCUUGAAGAGGCAAAUCAGAAAGAUGUUGCUUCAGUUUGUUUGAGCUAUACAGCACUCUCUAUUAAAGACAACGAAGACUACCUUGAUGACUCCUCAUCAAAAGAAGCAUGGGAUGAGGAGGCUUAUGAAUAUGAUAGAGCUUUAAGUGCUAGCAGGACAUACCUCAAAUUUAAGAAACGAAUGGAUGCACAUCCAGAGCAAUGCUUCAGAUAUUCGUAUGGUGGAAAGCCUUUACUGGCUGCAGAAGAGCUUGGAGAUCCCGGAAGAUGUGUGCUCUGUGGCAGACCCAGACACUACGAAAUGCAGCUAAUGCCUCCGCUAUUAUAUUUCUUACAGCAAGCAACAACUAAACAGAAUUACACAUUGGAGAACUGGAACUGGAUGACUCUACUUAUAUACACUUGUUCUGAUAGUUGUUCGAAUUCCAGAGAGGAAACUUCCGGAAAUGGUGAAUGGAUUGUAGCAAAAGAGGCUGUCAUGCUGCAAGGGGAGUAGCAUCUAUAGAGAUUUUCUUUAUACAUAUGAAGCCUGAACACGGCAAACCAGGUAAGAAAAUUUUCGCUUUGUGAGGGAAAAGAUGUAUAAUUGAACACCGGCCGUUUGUACUAUUCAUUGUUACUUAGUGAGGUGUUUAUUGGAAAGGGAGGGGUCAGUCGAGUCCAGAUGAACAAUCUUUGUAGGAUUGCCAGUGUGAUAUCAAAGGUUUCACUUGCGAAGAUGUCACGACUAUCUGAACAGCUUGAAGAGCUACAAUUACUGCUGUCUGUAACAGUGGAACUAGCAACUUCCUUUUUGAAAACGUGAGACUGUCGAGUUAUUGUGGAUACUAAAAUGUCAAACAUUUUUUGUCAUAGUUAUUGUUAUAAUUCUAUUAAACUAGUAAACUAACUAAUAGAUAGUAUGACUGAAGAUCGUAAGCUAAGAAUGUAUGCUUCAAUAUUUUUCACUGUAUAAACAAAAUGGUACGGCUUGCUUUAUAUAGGCAAAGUAAACCGCGUGGUAUUAAUUUGUUACA